AGCCCAGGCGCAACUAAAAAGUUUUUGAACAUCACGCCAAAGUUGCUGCUUUACUCUGUCUGACAAGACCCUCAAAUACUUUCCGUUAUCUUGUGACCCCGAUAAUUUCUCUUUAAAACAAAAAACAUAGUUUUGGUUAAGAUACGUGAUACGUUACGUCAUAUCUAUCGAAAAUGAACGAAAGUGCCCCUACCCAGGAAGACAUGAAGUGAAUGAGCAGGAAAGAGAGAGAGAGGGAGACUGAAGAGCCUCUGCAGGAGGGAGAGGAGGUGACACCUUUUACAGACUGACGGUCAACCAGACAGACAAACCCCUGACAGACAUGUCCGUCUCCAGCACCAAGCAGGAGAGAAGUGUGUGUGUUCUGCUCCCUAAUAAAGACCAGCUGGACAUCACAGUGGGGGCCAAGUCCACCGGACGUGAUGUGUUCAAUAAGGUGGCAGAGCUACUAGGAAUAAAAGAGCUACAUUUCUUUGGCCUGACAGUGGUGAAGGACAACGAGCACAUCUUUUUGGACAUGGAGGAAAAGCUGACCAAGUAUUUCCUAAAGGAAUGGAAACAAGAUUCGGGGAAGGGGACACUAAAGAGAGCCCUGCCCCUGGUGCUGUUCCUCAAGGUGCAGUACUAUGUGGAGAACGGCAGGUUGAUAUGUGAGCGGAAGGCAAGGCGUCUGUACUACUCCGACCUGAGAGAGAGGGUUCUGCGCUCUGAGUGCCGACAACAGGAAGAGGUGUACUUCCAGCUGGCUGGCUAUGCUCUGCAGGCGGACCUUCAAGAUCAUCCCUUACCUGUGGAGAGAGACCAGAGAGGAACACCGACCCCCUACUUCCAACCCAAAGAGUACUUCCCUCCCUGGAUUAUGGCCAAGCGGGGGGUGGACUACCUCCUCUGUCACGGGCCGAAGGUGCACCGAGAGCUGUCCGGCAUGACCUCACGUGACGCGGUGCUGCACUUUAUCAAGGAGGCCUGUCAUCUUGAGGACGUCCCCGUCACCUUCUACAGGCUCCAGAAGGACAAGAAGGAGGGGAAGGGCACAGCUCUAUUGGGACUGACCCUCAGAGGAAUGCAGGUUUAUCAGGAGGUGAACAACAUCCGCCAGCUGCUCUUCGAUUUCCCCUGGUCUAACGUGGGCCGGCUCACUUUUCUGGGGAAGAGGUUUGAGAUCCAGCCAGAUGGUCUGCCGUCGGCCAGGAAGCUUGUCUACUACACGGGCUCGCCGUUCCGCUCGCGCCACCUCCUCCUCCACCUCAGCAGCAGCCAUCGCCUGUACCUCAGCCUUCAGCCCGCCCUCAAACACCUCCGUCAGCUGGAGGAGGGAGAGGAAAAGAAACGCUACAGGGAGUCGUACAUCAGUGAUGACCUGGAUGUCGACCCCCCAGGGGGGAGUGAGGGGGGCAGCCCUGGCCUGUCCCGCCACUCAACCUCCAGCUCCGGCAUAGAAGCCGACCGCGAUGCUACACGGAAACACAGCAGAAUCUCUGUGGAAGUGGGAUCGGUGGAGGCGGGAAUGAGGAAGAGGUCGGAGAAGAGUUUCAGUUCGGCAGCGAGUCACGGGAGUUCACACACCUCAGGCGUGGAAACGGGCAGCAAGGCACGGACUGAUGAAGAGGAGGGGCAGGAAGAUGACACCCAGCAGCUCAGUGCUGACCGUCCAAGAGAGGUUUCUGUGGAUGACCCAGAAGAGAUGCUGCGAUUGGCUGAGCUGAUAGGGAUAGGGGGCGUGUCCGUUGACUGUCCUGUGCUCACCUCAGAGAGUCAUUGGGAAGGAUUCAAGGGGGAUGAAGUCGAUGCUGGUGAAGAUCUGGUGACACUACGCUGCAAAGACACAAUGGGACAGCAGGUCUUGAAGUCGAGGUCCCAUUGCGUGGACCGCCACAGCCAAAGUUUAGAUGACGUUCGCUUCAUCCCCCCUCCCGCGCCCCUUGGCACGUCCCUCCUCCCUGACUCCUCCCACAGCUACACUUUUGGCCUCCCCCUCCCGGACUCCCAGGCCAACACCAAGAGCCCCCCGGGGGGUAGCGACGGGGGCUACUACCCUCCCCUCCAUUGCCUGGCCAAGGGCACCUUCAAUGGCCACAGGUCAAUGAACUGCCUCUCCCUGGAUCUACUGGGAGAUGAUCAGCUGUUGGAGUUCAUACUGUAGAUCAGCACAGAGGCCCGAUCUGUUCUCCAAGCCAAUGCACUGUUUCACAAACACCCCUCUCUAGUGAUUGGUUAGGACGCAGGGAAGCGUGCUGCAUGCAGGAAGUGUUCAAACUGUUACGGUUUUGGUCUGAACAGACCUGUGCCGUUGGCGUGGCAACGUCAAGGAGCACCGAAAUCUUUAGGUGAACAAUGUGGUCACCCUUUUCACAUUACCGAACAGCGCCAAGCGACACUGUCAUUUCCAGUAUCGGGCUCCUGAAUCAAGCAGCACUGAUGCUCCACUUCCAGCCUGCGCUAUAGCCAACCUCUACCUCCAGUGACACUGUGUGAUGUUACCACAGCAACACUCUGCAGUCAGAUGCUGAAGGACAUGGUGGGGACAUGUUUCGGAGGGGGUGGAGACGCUGCAGUGUAACUGGCCACGGCCACAUUAGUCCCAGUCGGACCAUGGGCCUCUCCAUAUUUAUUAAACAUGUUUCAGAUGAUUUACAUUUCCUUUUUGUAGAUACAUUCGUACAUAUUUUUUUAUAUUCAGUUAUUUUAUUUUUUACUUUUGGUACUAACUCUUUUUAACCAAACUGCUAUUGCUCCGAGAGACUGUUUCUGAAAGUGUCUUGCUUGGUUUUUCAACCUUUCAUUCUAAAUUAGUUUUAGAAUUGUCUAUUAUCCUAUGUAUAAAACAAUUUAAUUAAUAGUUUAUAUACUGUGAAUUGUUCGUGACCAUAUGAAUAAUAGUAAAUUGUACACAACCUUAUACUCCUUACUAAAAUAAGGGUGGACAUGGCAUUGCUUCUGCAGUUAGUUUGUUAACAGGUGCAUAGUUUAACUUGUACCUCAUGAAUACAAGUAUGUUACUGUCUGUUGAGGAGAAGAAAACACUCCAAUGCUUGUUGACAUCCUGUGUAAGUUAAAAGUAUAAUCACUACAUUAUUCAGUAACCAACAGCUUUUUAAAUCUUAUUUGUUACUUUUAUAUCUGUUUGUCGGGAUUUUACACAAUGAAUGAACAUUACACAUACAAGAUUCUUAUUCUUGUGAUAGUAACACUUAGGAAUCAAAUGAGCUUUUUUGUAUGGUACGUCUUUCAUUGCUGGAAUAAUGUAUUGUCUGUUUUUGUUUUAUACAAAGUUUUUGUGCUGUGAAAAUAAUUCAACCCAUGUUUGUGUCUAUCACAUUCACCCCAGUAUUAACAUAUACCCAUCUAUAUAAGUCGUUACUGUAUAAGAGUACCAGUAUUAUGUAUAGGUCUAUUUCUGUGACAGUUGUAAGGUGUAUGGAACAAAUAAUAACACACCAAUACAAAUAAUGUCUUUACAUCGUUCUACUUGCAUACUGGGGUCUGGCAGUUGCCUAAUGUGUAAUUGGUCAGUUUGUGCUUUGUUACUAGAGUGUAAUUUGUAUACCUUGAAUUCGAUAUAUACAGUAAGCCUAAACACAGGUAUUAGUAUAUGAUCACUCUUCUUUUUCCUUUACAGUAUAACCUUAAUACUGACCCAAUGGAAUACGGAUAUAAUUUCCCACAUUUAUAUGCCAGUAAUUUUAACAGUUGUUGUUGAUAUGCUGAAAUAUACUCUCCUUUCAGUGAAAGGCAACACUAUUCUAAUGUGAUGGAUAGUUAAAUAAAUACAAAUGCAACA